CUAACGGCAGUGCCGAGCCGGGGCGGGAGGCGGGCAGCGUGGGCUCCGGGCACAGGGAGGGGCGCCCGCCCGCCCCGGGCAGCCCGGGCCCGAGGUGACAGGCGCCUGUUGCAGGGGGCGGUGGAGCCCAUGCAGAUCGACGUGGACCCGCAGGAGGACCCGCAGAACGCGCCCGAUGUCAACUACGUGGUGGAGAACCCCACCCUGGACCUGGAGCAGUACGCCGCCAGCUACAGCGGCCUGAUGCGCAUCGAGCGGCUGCAGUUCAUCGCUGACCACUGCCCCCCGCUGCGGGUGGAGGCCCUGAAGAUGGCCCUGUCCUUCGUGCAGAGGACCUUCAACGUGGAUGUGUACGAGGAGAUCCACCGGAAGCUCUCGGAGGCCACCAGGGACCUGCAGAGCGCGCCGGACGCCAUCUCUGAGAGCGGGGUGGAGCCCCCACCUCUGGACACGGCCUGGGUGGAGGCCACGCGGAAGAAGGCCCUGCUGAAGCUUGAGAAGCUGGACACGGACCUCAAGAACUACAAGGGGAACUCUAUCAAGGGAGAGCAUCAGGCGCGGGCCACGACGACCUGGGCGAACCACUACCUGGACUGCGGGGACCUCAGCAACGCCCUCAAGUGUUACUCCCGGGCCCGGGACUACUGCACGAGCGCCAAGCACGUCAUCAACAUGUGCCUCAACGUCAUCAAGGUCAGCGUCUACUUGCAGAACUGGUCUCACGUGCUGAGCUACGUCAGCAAGGCCGAGUCCACUCCCGAGAUCGCAGAGCAGCGAGGGGAGCGGGACAGCCAGACCCAGGCCAUCCUCACCAAGCUGAAGUGCGCUGCAGGGCUGGCGGAGCUGGCUGCGCGCAAGUACAAGCAGGCGGCCAAGUGCUUCCUGCUGGCCUCCUUCGACCACUGCGACUUCCCCGAGCUGCUGUCCCCCAGCAACGUGGCCGUGUACGGCGGCCUUUGCGCCUUGGCCACCUUCGACCGGCAGGAGCUGCAGCGCAACGUCAUCUCCAGCAGCUCUUUCAAGCUGUUCCUGGAGCUGGAGCCCCAGGUCCGGGACAUCAUCUUCAAGUUCUACGAGUCCAAGUACGCCUCGUGCCUGAAGAUGCUGGACGAGAUGAAGGACAACCUGCUCUUGUACAUGUACCUGGCCCCCCACGUCAGGACCCUGUACACCCAGAUCCGCAACCGCGCCCUCAUCCAGUAUUUCAGCCCCUACGUGUCGGCCGACAUGCGCAGGAUGGCCACUGCCUUCAACACCACGGUGGCCGCGCUGGAGGACGAGCUGACACAGCUCAUCCUGGAGGGGCUCAUCAACGCCCGCAUCGACUCCCACAGCAAGAUCCUAUAUGCGCGCGACGUGGACCAGCGCAGCACCACCUUCGAGAAGUCCCUGCUCAUGGGCAAGGAGUUCCAGCGCCGUGCCAAAGCCAUGAUCCUGCGGGCAGCCGUGCUGCGCAACCAGAUCCACGUCAAGUCCCCUCCCCGCGAAGGGAGCCAGGGGGAGCUGACGCCCGCCAACAGCCAGUCCCGGAUGAGCACCAACAUGUGAGGGUGCCCGCCGGGCCCUCCAGGAGGAUCUGCACACCCUGCCCCCCUCCCAGCACUUCUGGAGGAGCCGCUGGGUUCCCGGCCCCCUGCCUGGACACCUGUGUGACCCCAUCUCUGCUUGCCCCACGGAGGAGGGGUGUCUGGAAGGUGAGGCCU